UCUUGAACAAGUGCAUACAAAAAUCUACACACUGGUUUAACAAGUUAAUAUGUUGUUGAAAUAUUAUUCCGUCGUGAUACUGUGUCUUUCCGUCGUCAACGGAGAACCUGGAGAACCUAAAUGUUUUUCGAGGUUUGACUACGACGAGAAAAUGUUAAUGAAACAGUUAAGAUUUGAAGACAAGGUUCAGAAAUUCGAGGAUUUUAUAAACGGAUUAAAGGCGCGAGAAGAAAAGGAGAAAGAAGAACGAUCUAAGUUGUUUGCCGCAGAGUUAGAGAAAUACAAACAAGAGAAUACGGAGGAAAUUAAUCGACAGAAAACUGUGGUCUCAGAAAUGAUCGAAAACAUGGUGAAUUCUAAGAUGAAAUUGCAAAAUAAAGUUGUAGCCUUUACAGCGACUUCCCCUGCUGAUUCUGGCAGUGCAAACUCUAUUGCAAACUCCAUGACAUUCACAACGGUCAUUACAAACGAAGGAAACGGGUUUGACAUAUUGACUGGCAAGUUCACAUGUCCUGUUAGCGGACUCUACUACUUUUCCUUACAUAUCACCAAAAAGAAGUCAACAAUUGUCAACGAAGCCGGGUGUUUUAUUUUUCUGAACGGAACCAAAACGGUGAGAGCUUACGUAGAUCCCCAAAUCGAUGCGGACAAUGGAAGUUACGGAGUUUCAAACUCAGUUUAUCUAAAACUGAAGGUCGGUGAUGUCGUCAGCAUAGCUCACUGUUUCCAACUUCCAUCAAGCCGCUUAGAAACAUGGACAUCGUUCAGUGGAUAUUUAGAACAACAGGUUGAAUACUAACUUGAAGGGUAUAAUACACGUUUACUAAGACUGUGCAAUAUACUGUUCGACUGCUUCUUCAUUUUAUUAGAUGCCGGUUAGUUGAGACGGAUGCAUGAUUUAAUCUUGUAAAUUUCCUGCGAGGUUUUUCAUUCAUCAGUGAUUUUUAAACAAGAUGCAAAAUGAUAAAAUGCGAACAUACAUUUUUAUGUUAGAUACUUAGAUACAUUAUGCCAUUUCUUCACCUGCUAGCUUAACAUUAUAAAUCAUCCUGUAUAUGAAUGUUAAAUGAGAAAAUGGCUUUAUUUUGAUCACAUUAUUUUCAUAUUCAAUAUUUCUUUAUGGAUUGAAUAACAGUU